UCAGGGUCUAGACAGCGUAUAGUCUGCCGGUUGUGACAGCACUUCCUUAAACUCUUUCUGUGGCUGGAUUAUUUGUGUUUUUGGAGUAUCUGAAUGGCUCGGUGUGCGGUGAAAGAGAUUCCCAACCCUGGGAAAAGUCCAAGAGUGUAUCCUAGAACAGAGUGAGGAGAGGCAGGAGGGAAGACAGCAGCACUUUUUCUCCUCAUCUUUGCCUGCAGUGCCGGCAUUUCUUCUGUGCGAGAAUGGGGGCAGGAGCUAUGACCAUCUGUCACAACAAGGCAGCUGUGCAGGUCAGAGAGGACAUGAAGAAGAUGGUCCAGAUGCCCAUCCUGAGACCCAGGGCAGUGGCAGCCAAGGACACCAAGCUGUUUGGAGUGACUCUGUUUGAGCUGCGAGAGCAGGGGCUGGUGGAGGAUGGAGUGCCUCUGGUGGUGCGGAGGAUGGUGGAGUAUCUCCGCAAGGACGCACUGCAUCGGGAAGGUCUGUUCAGGGUAAAUGGGAACGUCCGUGCUGUGGAGACCCUGAAGCAGCGUCUAGAGCGCGGUGAGGAUGUGGACCUGCUCUCUGAGUCCGAUUCCUUGACUAUAGCCAGCUUGCUCAAACAGUACCUCAGAGAUCUGCCCGGGGGUCUAGUAGACUUGACAGUCCAGCAGGCACUGAUACAGCACUAUCAAGAGUAUGGUGAUGAUUGCACCUCAGAUGUGAGACACCUUCUCCUGCAGCUUCCCGACAUCCACCACAGUCUCCUGCGCUACCUCUGCCACUUCCUCACCCUCGUGGAGAGCAACCACAAGGACAACCGCAUGACUGCCCUCAACCUCGCCACUGUGUUUGGGCCCAGCGUUUUCCACGUGGCUCCUGGUUUUGAAGCACUGAAAGACCAAAACAUCUGUAACAAGAUCAUGGCCAAACUCAUUCAGAACUACAGCAAUAUCUUUGAGGUUAACACAGACAAAGAGGACUGCACAAAGGAAGAGUCAUCGCUUAUCACUGCCAAGGACACUCAUGUGACACAAGCAGACACAAAGAAUCCAUCCAGCCAUCUUGAUGCAAAGACACUAACCCCACUUCCCAGGAUGAAAUGUUCCCAGACUGGCCGCCUAAACCAACCAGGAAAUGCAGAACUUCAGAAGAAAUCUUGCACCAAUGCUCCAAAGGCAAAAACAAGGAAAAAGAAGGUGAGGAAAGGGAAGAGCGACGGCAUGACUCAAGUGGUCCAGCCCAGCCUUUCCUCUGGGGUGCCCCACCAUCCAAGACCUUUCUCCAUACCGAUAGUUUUGCCCCUGACCUCAGAGCUAAGGAGCCCCAGCGCAGAGGCAAUGGAAACUAUACCAGUGUCAUGCCAAGACACCUCAGACACUGCCUCACAUGUCGACCCCCGAGACAUCAGUCCCUUUGAUAGUAUGGAGGGCCUCAGCAGCUCCCAAGAUGGAGGCAGACCAAUAUCUCCUUUCUACAUGAGUAACCACCUUUCCCCUGUCCACUGCAGACCUGAUGUGGUAAAUUUUCUGGACAGGACCAUAAGCUCAGCAGUGGAGCAGCACCUCUUUGAUGUAAACCCUUUAGAGGCUCAGCAGUCAGACAGCUGUGAAUUGACCACAUGCUCCUCAAGGGUGACACCAACGGCGAGACAGAGACGUAGGGCCCAAAGAGAGCAGCAGCAGGAGGAGGGCCAGAAGCACAGAGAAAAAAACAGAGGUCUGUCCGUCAGAGAAGACACCAACAAGGAAAACGUCCCGUCGAGCAGUGGCAGUACAUCAGCCAGUGUGGGGGAAGAUAUGGGCAGUCGUGUGGAAUCACAGGCAGGCCAGAGUAGUCAUGCUGAGCGAACCCCCAAACCCAGGAAGCCAAAAAACAACCCAACUUUCAUGCAGCUAACUGAGAACAAGGCUGCCCAGGCAACGUUGAAGAUGAAGAUCCAGGAGUCGCCCGUCACUUGUGACAUGGGUAGGGUCGGCGGAGAGGUGCGAGGCCCGGACUCAGACUGCGAGAAGACAAACUGCGAGGACGUGCCCCGGUUGGAUCUGACAGCAUUGACGGAGGACAACAACUGGGGAGAUUCUCCGUUUUGUAACACCCCUUUCCUUGAUUUUAAAAGCUUUUUCCAUCUGAGCUGUUGUGAUGAACCAGUCCCGGCGUACUCACUGCAAAGGGAGAGCAUGGACCGCGAGGAAGCCAGGCUGUCCCCUCAUGGUGGGGGACGUGUUAUCCGCCAGCUCCUGGAGGAGGCCAGCGACCCGAUGGUUUCCCCUCGCUUUUAUGCCUACGGACAGUCCCAGCAGUACCUGGAUGACACAGAAGUGCCUCCAUCACCGCCUAACGCUCAUUCAUUCAUCAGCCGCAGGCGGAGUUCAUCUCUUGGCUCCUGUGAUGAUGAAAGAGAGGAGCUGACCUCCGCCCAGCUCACAAAGAGGAUUCAUGUACUGAAGAAGAAGAUCCACAGGUUUGAGGAGAAGUUUGAAGAGGAGCGAAAAUACAGGCCCUCCCACAGCGACAAAGCUGCAAACCCAGAAGUGCUGCGGUGGAUGAACGAACUGGCCCGGCUUCGUAAAGAGCUGAAAGAACACAAACUGAUGAAGUCUGAAGAGGACUUGCCGCCUCUGACCCGUCAGCGCAGCAACACGCUGCCCAAAAGCUUUGGUUCUCAGCUGGAAAAGAAACCUCAGCAGGAGAAGGUGUCGAAGCCGCCGGUAGAAAGCACCUUGGAGGGGAUUUUGAAGAAGCUGCAGGAGAAGAGGGACGAGGUGAACCGGCCCGAGGACAUCAAGGAUAUGACACGGGAGCAGAUUGCUGCAGAGAAAGUCGCCCUGCAGAAAGCCCUUCUCUACUAUGAGAGCAUACAUGGCCGACCGAUGACCAAGAGCGAGAGGCAAGUCAUGAAGCCGUUGUACGACAGAUAUCGCCUGGUGAAGCAGAUCCUGUGCAGAGCCUCCACCAUUCCUGUCAUAGGCUCUCCCUCCAGCAAGCGCAGAGGCCCCCUCCUACAGCCCAUUAUCGAGGGUGAAACCGCACUCUUCUUCGACGAUAUCAAGGAGGAAGAGGACGGCUCGGAGGACGACGGAGACUCCAAGACUCAGUUCACCGUGACCGUCCGACCCGACAUCAACGUGUUCAGCUUCCUGGAGCACGUGGAUGAUGAAGUGGACGGUUUCAUUUCACCCGUGGAUGAACUUUCACCUUCCAAAAACACCACAGACACAAGGCUGUCCAACCUGCACUCUGCUACUAUGCAGGAACUCGUGGAGCAGCUCCAAGAGGCAAGAGAGGAGAAGAAGAGGAUUCGAAAGAACUUGAAAGAGUUUGAGGACCAGUUUUUUAGACAGAACGGAAGGAACGUGCAGAAGGAGGACCGGUCCCCGCUGGCUGUGGAGUACAACGAAUACAAGCACGUCAAAGCCAAACUGCGGCUGCUCGAAGUCCUCAUCAGCAAAAGAGACCCGACUAAGUUCAUCUGAAUAAAAAGACUCUAAGUGAACUGGUGCUCAGUCUCCAGUGUUACAGUCAAACACAUCUCACCCUGCUGGAAAUAAACAUCAUAUUUUCCUGGCCUCGGAUGCCGUUGAUGCACUCUGUCGAGCACGGCAGGGUUUCCCUCCGGCGCUCGCAGAAAGCCGUCGAUCCAGCGAGCUGCUGCACCUGAAAAACAUUGCUUUUGCCGGACCUCACCUUAAAAUAAACAUUACUCCAGACAAAGCGACACGCACAAACAGACCUGAAUCACACUUGUAUUGCUGAUAAUUUAUUUUAAAUGUUUUUAUCAACAGAUGUUUGUCUCACUCACAGCCAUAGAAGUCUUAAAAACACACGAUAAGUUGCUAGCUAAAAAAUUAUCGCUAUUUUUAAGCAGUCUGUGUAUUUUUCUAAAGUAGAUGUUACUCUAUCAUGCUCACAAUACUGAAGUUUCACUUCUGACCACUGUGUUAAAUCACCUUCUGUUGUCUCUGUAGAUGUUCAAUCAUUCAAAGAAGUUGUUUCUUCUUUCACUGCAACCCAAAGACAGCAGCUCAGAGAGAGCACACACAGUGAACCAAAAUCUGUCAUCUCCUUCAGUAAAACAUCCAGUUUUGUUCUGACCACUGAUCCUUGCUGUGUAUUGUACGCAUUAACCUGCUUUCCCCUCAUUUACUUGAUGUUAAAUAAGCUAUUCUCCCCUUUAAAUCACUGCUGUGUGUGUUUGUUCACACUGAUUAACACUAGACCAGUUCUGAGGCGGACGCGGUCGCCAAAGGCUCGUCCUCGCCACAGCGGGUUGGUUCGUUUGUUUGUAAAUAAGGAUCAUCGUGUAUGUUUACAUUUCUGUGAGCGAGUACUUUUCCCCUUUUUCUCUCCAAUUUUCUGGAUGGUAAUCAGUGUGAAUUUUGUUUUCACUGAAUGUAAACACUGGGCAGGCUUAAUGAAUUGAGUGUGUACAUUUUAGUACAUAAAUUGUAUUUUGUAUAUAAUGUUAAUGAAAUCGUAUUUUUACUGAA